GCGCUAAGAAGUCGGUAGCGCUUGUUGUGGCAGCAGUGGCCGGGGUUGCAGGCAGCAAGUAGGACGCACACCCCCUCCAGUCGGGCAGGGCGGGGUUUCGCCGUCCUUAACCCUCUGUGCCCUUUGUGUUCGCACUGUUGCUCCGCUGUUUCUGUUUCCAUUGCCAGUGUGCCGCCUCUCUAUUCCUGUCAGUCUCCCAGACGCUUCCCAGCCUCGCAUUGUCUGGCAGCCGGAGAGAGGGGGAGAGCUGCACUUGUGCUGGACAUCUCACACGGGAGUGCGGCGCGAAUAGACAUUGGAGAAGCAGCUGUGAGACGGGCAGUGAGACGGGCAGUGAGACAGGCAGUGAGACGGGCAGAGGACAAGCGGGACCUGCCAUGAGUUGCUGCUGGAGAGAAUAGACUGCCCGCCCACUGACUGUUAUAUUCCUCAGUCCAUGUGUGACUGUUACAGCGCCCACAUAGGAACAUAACCAUGAAGGCUUAGGGGGGCUUGGCCUCCCCCAAAAGAGAAAGCUCUGUUAUUAUUGGCAUAUAUGAUAUAGCUACUGGAGCAGCCAGCUGGGCACUAGCCUUUUCCUCGCAAACACAAGCCAUUCUUGCACCACCAACAUGGAAGGGCUCUCAUAAGGAAACCAGUGGCAAUUUGUAUCCUCUGUGACCCUGUUGUAAGAUAGGAAAGCUGAUCCCACAGCCGCGCUCCUGGAAUGCAUUGUGCCCUGCUCCGAGCAGACAGCUGGAUAUAAAGUCGUGUGCCCGUAGCCACUCGCCCCCUCCUGCGCUCACUUACAGUUGUUGCCUGCACGCCUGUGCCCAACUUCCACCGUCCCUCACCAUGUUCCGUCUCUCUUCGCUGUUCACAUCUGCUUUUGUGUGGCAACUGCUAGCCGUGACUUUGGCUCUAGAGAUGGGUCUGUACGACGUGGAGAGAGGGAGAGAAGCCAAGUGUGAGCCUAUACAAAUUCCUAUGUGCCAGGGAAUUGGCUACAACAUGACCAGAAUGCCCAACUAUGUGGGUCACGAGUCUCAAGAAGAAGCAGCAGCAAAGCUUCAGGAGUUUGCCCCUCUGGUAGAGUAUGGCUGUCAUAUACACCUCAGAUUUUUUCUUUGCUCUCUUUAUGCUCCAAUGUGCACUGAGCAGGUGUCCACCUCAAUCCCAGCCUGCAAGCCUAUGUGUGAGGCAGCACGGCAAAAGUGUGCCCCCAUCAUGGAAAGCUUCCAGUAUGUAUGGCCAGAAUCCCUGGACUGUGACCGUCUUCCCAGCAAAAAUGACCCUCAUGCACUGUGCAUGGAAGCUCCGGAGAAUGCCACAAAUGGAGAUCCUCCAACCAAUGGCCACGGUAUGUUGCCUGUAGCUCCUCGACCUCCACGUCCAUCAGGGUCUGGGAUUGGUAUUUCAAGCCGCUGUGCAAACCCGGACAAGUUCAUGUAUGUGGAGAGAAGUGGUGUAUGUGCUCCAAGAUGCAUCCCCGGGGUGGAUGUGUAUUGGUCAUCAGGGGACAAGGACUUUGCCCUGGUAUGGAUGGCGGCCUGGUCUGGUCUGUGCUUCAUUUCCACUGCUUUUACAGUUUUUACUUUCCUCCUACAUCCCCAGCGUUUCCAGUAUCCAGAGAAACCCAUAAUAUUUCUUAGCAUGUGCUAUAAUGUUUACUCUACGGCUUUCCUUAUUCGUGCCGCUGCUGGGGCACCUAGCAUUGCUUGUGAUAGGGAAGGAGGUGCCCCCUAUCUUAUCCGAGAGGGUCUGGAGAGCAGCGGUUGCACACUAGUCUUCCUUAUCCUAUAUUACUUUGGUAUGGCCAGCUCACUCUGGUGGGUAGUGCUUACUCUCACAUGGUUCCUGGCUGCUAGCAAGAAGUGGGGCCAUGAAGCCAUUGAGUCCCAUGGUAGUUAUUUCCACCUAGCCGCCUGGGGGAUACCUGCCAUUAAAACCAUUAUCAUCCUCACCAUGCGCAAAGUGGGUGGAGAUGAAUUGACAGGUCUCUGCUAUGUUGGGGGGUCAGAUCCAAGUGCCCUGACUGGUUUUGUGCUGGUGCCCCUCUCUUGCUAUCUGGUGACUGGCACGUCAUUUCUUCUGACAGGAUUUGUUGCUCUUUUCCACAUUCGGAGAGUGAUGAAAACAGGAGGCACCAACACAGAAAAGCUGGAGAAGCUUAUGGUUAAAAUUGGGGUAUUCUCCAUCCUUUACACUGUUCCAGCUACGUGCAUCAUCGUUUGUUGUUUUUAUGAGCGGCUAAAUUUGGCACACUGGGAUUCUAGGGCACGGGAAGAGUCAUGUAGGACAGUGCCUGGAAGUGCCAGGCCAGACUGCAACCUGCCCCACUCCAUACCUAGUGUAGCAGUAUUUAUGCUGAAGAUCUUCAUGUCACUUGCUGUGGGCAUCACCAGUGGGGUAUGGGUAUGGAGCUCCAAGACGCUGCAGGCCUGGCAAGGCAUCCUGUGCCAGCGCCGCCUUGUGGAAGUAGGAGCCAGGACUCGAGGGAAACCCCAGGGAGGGUUAGGGGUCCCCUGUAGUUUAGGGAGCUGCCCUUACAAGCCUCCACCUGUAACCCUCCAGGUUGCAAAGACUGACCCCUUCAUGGACAGUCCGACACAUGUGUGAAGCACAGGAACAUGAUUGGAGCAUGAGCUGUUGCAACAGGGAAAUGCAUUUGUCACUGCAGGAUGUGGAAAAACUUUGCUCACUGACACAGCGUGGACUGUGCUUGUUUUGCCAAUGGGAUGAUUCAUUAGCAGGGAGGGGAUAGAUGUUGGGGGUACUGUGCUGCAGCUCUAUAAAACCAUGGAUUUACUGAGUGCAUCACCUAAAGAGAGCUGGGUAAGCAGAAGCCUGACCUGUAUGUGUUGGCAUUCUAAACAGUGUUCAAGGGAAAGAUGCUCUCAAUUCUCACAAAUCUGUGAGAUCUUUUGUAAAAGGUUCAAGAAAGUCAUUUGAAGUGCAGUCUGUAUAAGCCACCCUGUGGCUCUAGGUUGCUCUCAUGUGAACAAUCAGCCCUUGUGCAGCUAUUUUAGGGGGGUGUUGCCCCUCUUCAAAAAUGCACAUUAUAUCUAUAGCAGCAGCAGCUACAGGGCUUGGCACCAACAUCACUUUUCCAGUCUCCUUGGACCUUACGAAAUAACCGUGUUUUGCUCUGCAGCUUAGAAGGGGUCAUAAAGUGCUGCGCUCUGUUGUGUAAACAGGACUGUCCCUUGCUACUGACAGGCAAGUAAUGUGAAAUGUGGAAUUGCUAGCAUGUCUGCUCACUUACCCUUAACAGGAAAUUAACCUACUGGUCGUCCCCCAUUCAGAAAGAAAGAUUAUAUAAGAAAUGUGUACUGUGGACACAGCAGGGUUUUAAAAAUAAUUUUCUUAACUUCACAACUGUAAACUGUAAAAGGUUUAUUCAUUUUAUGUUUUGGCGAUUGAAAAAGUAUAAACAGGAUUUGAAGGCCAUAUAUAAGUGCAGCCUUGUCCCACUUGGGCAGCAUAAUAAAUUCACAUCUAGUUAGAAUGCUGGCUCUGGUUAAAUCCUAUAUAUCAUAAAGAUUCUGCAGUCGUAUAGUGGGAGCAGAGCUCAGCUUGGCAUAGCCUGGCAGAUUAGGGUACGGCGACUGCUGUGCAGAGGUGGGCACAGACCUGUUAAAAAUCUGGGCAAAUUUUUAUUCUUAGGGGCAGAUUUAUCAAUGUGAAAUUAGAGCACACCACUGAAAUGUACCCUUUAGAGACCAACUAUAUAGAUAUCUGGCAUCAUUGCUAACCUGUCUGAUGCCCAAGUGGGGCUUCAUGCCAUCUUAAAUCAAAGGGCACGAUUUUCUUCCUUCACCUGGGCAAACCAUGCCAUUCUGGUGCUGUGUGGGAUUUCAGCACACAUGUGGAUAAUAUAGUGCACCCAAACUGCACCCCCCAGAGCCUACCUACUUCUGAGUGUGAUUGGAAUUAUGGCUUAAAGCAACUAAAGGGAAUCUGUUAGUAUGUAGCCAAACAACGUACAUCUGCAUUGAUGUGCCUGUCCAACAAAAGAGGUAAUUUCCUGUUAAAAUGUUGGCUAAAGUGAACACCUCACCCCUGUAACUGGUGGUAAAUAUAGAUGCUUAGUGCAGCCAGUGAUACAGUACGUCCUUGGCAGCUCCUAUAUUUUUUGUGCAUCUACAGAGAAUGGGCUGAUGUGUUGUGUGUAAUCAUUAAAUACACUAUAUACCUAGAGCUGCAGUAUUGGGUUAAAGUGUUAACUUUUAUUUUUGGGAGCAAUAUCCAACACUUGGCCCUUCAUCUGCCCCCAACAGCCGUCAUAAAUCUGAUCAGUGUAAUUUAGCUACAGCUUGUAGGUCUCGGCAUUGCAUCCUUGCUUGAUGAAGGUAAAUGAAACUUUCACUGUGGCUCAUUAAAUCUCCAUCAAAGAUCCAUCAGCUACAUAGUGGCCCUUCUGUCUGUAAAAUAAGAGCCAGUUGUAUGUUUCCAGUGAGACACAAACAGCAGCCCCUAAGUGUGCGUCACUAGCAGAGCAGGAAGAAAGGAAGAACUGUGUCUGUAGCUAGAAAGUGUCCGGCCCAUUGUGAAAUAAUUAGUGUGUUUGCCAGUGGCCCUGCACAUUUAGGUAGGAAAAGAUAAACACUGGAAGCAGGAAUGUACAAAAAGCUAUUGAUGAAGGGAUAUAACAGGCCUAAUUCUGCUUGGGUACAAAAAAUUAAAUUAGAGACCUCAAAAAUAAUUUCUAUUAGAGACCUCUGAAAAUAAUUUCUAAUUAUUGUCACUAAACACAGUCGCCUACUUCAGUUUUUAUAUAAGGCAUUGGGAAGCCUAUUUAUAAAGCUACGGUAUAGUCCAUAUUUGGCUAGGCCACACAUUUCCAUAAAAUACUUACACACCUUUGUGUACUUGCAUGAUUCUACAUGGCUUUUAUAUGGCGUAUCGCAACACCAUUUAUUACACAACCAUAUAACUAUACCCCAGGUAUAAAAACAAAAUGUGACAUUUCAGUACCUUUCAAAUGACCAUUAAACGUUAGAAGUAUAUCUGUAAUGGGGACAGGGUUGCACUCUCAGCCAUCACCAUCUCCAUCUGAGAUGUGUGUAUAUAUAUAUGUAUGUGUGUAUAUAUAUGUAUGUGUAUAUAUAUAUAUGUAUGACAGCUCCUUACCCCAGGACCUUAGGAGUCAGCACCCCACUCCUGUCAAAAGCUGCUAAAGCCACAGCGACAUAAGCACAGCUAUUGCUGCCCAUUGCUAGCUCCUAGCUCCUUGCUUAAUUCUGUAGCUCAUUAACCCUGCAAGUGCAGAAUAGAAAUAGGGACCCACAGUGCUUGGUGCUAUUUCACGUGAUACUGCACCCAUUAACCCUGCGAGUGCAGAAUAUAAGUGCAUUAUGCUACAUAGUGGGAGACAGCAAUACAUUCAUGAAUAAUCAGACCAUAAAAGUAAUUCCGUCAUUUUCAGCUCCUGUAUAGAGAAUAUGCGCCUUGGGCAAGUGCAGAGCUCCGCAUUUGGUGUAUUGCCCAACACUCUCUCUGUAAAGUGAAAUGUUGCCUUGUACUGUAGAUAAAUGAAAGCUUUCUGUGCCUGGGGAUCAGCACAGCCUUACAUAUAAUGUGUGUAUUUAUAUGAAGCCCUGAUUAAAGUAGGGAGAGGCAGUUCUGUUACAAACCUACACCAUGAGCCUCUGAUUAAUAACAAACAUUUUAAAGGAGUUUGCCAGCAACUGUUCCAAUUUGUACUGCUAGAAAUUAGAGGCAAUUAAGAGGCAUGGUAUCUCCUAUAUAACAGAAUGCUUUGCUUAUUCUCUCACUGAUCCCCUAAUAGAACCAAAAUAAUAUUUAAUUGGAAGGACAUUCUUUCUUCAGUAAAUUUUAUGGCAUUUAGCCUGUAUGAGCUAUGGGGCAUUUUGGGAUGCUUUGAGUAAACUGCAGAGCCAAAUAUGUAUAUUUACCUCAAGACUGGCUUGCAAAGGUAAACACCAUAAGUUUUUGGCCAUUAGUGAAAAAAACUGUGUUAAAAAAGUCAUCUGGAAUUACUCUUUUUUCAUUUGUGAUAUCAAAUUGACAAACUUUCUACUCCCCCACUAGGAAAUACCUCUAGAAAGCACUGAGUAGGGUUAAGGGUUGCAGGGAGCCGGGUGUCCAUCUGUAAUUUACUAUAAAUAGGUAACACAUCUCCUGUUACACGCCAAGGGGUUAUUAUGUAUAAAGGUGUCUAAAUAGUUAUAAACUGACAUUUUGGAUUUUGUAUGUGGAGCUCAGUGUCAAACUCUUUUGUAAAAAGAGACAUGGUUUGUUAAAGGGUGUGUAACAGUGUCAUUGAGUACCAAUUGUAUUUCACAGCUUUAUACAUGGCGGUAUUUUUUGCCAUCAGAAUUUGCCCAAUGUUGGCACUGACCAGUGACCAAAGAUGGUGUAAAACAAAGGCAUAGUUCUCAGUGUUUGUACAAAAGAUUAGCUCAGUGCAGUGUUGGUUGUGACAUUGCAACAGCUGGCCGGAACGCACAGGG